AUGGUUCGUAGCGGGAGGACCAAGCUUCAAUACAUCGUGGACCGCAAGGAGCGCAAGAGGACGCUGGAGAAGCGCCUCCCUAACCUGUUGAAGAAAACCAGGGAGUUCGCCGUCCUCUGCGACGUCCCCACCAGCCUCGUCGUGUACUGUCCCGGCGACGACCACCCGGUGGUCUGGCCUUCGCCGGAUGUGGCCGCCGACUUGCUGCGCCGGUACAACGAGUUGGGGAACUCGCAGAGGCUCAAGCAUAGGCUAGACGGCGCGGAAUUCAUCGGGAAGUUGGUGGACAAGGCGAAGGCGGAGCUGUCCACUGUCCAGCGCGAGAUACGCGGCAAGGAGAUGGACCUCCUCCUCGGCGACUUCUUCGCCGGCCGCCGCGGGAGCUUCGACGACAUGUCGCCGGAGGUCUCCGCCGCCCUCGAGUCAACGGUGGAGAAGAAACUCCGGACCGUCAAGGCGCGCCUCCAGGAGCUCCAUGGUGGUGCCGUUCUUCCGCCCCUUCCUACGCAGCUGGUGCAGCCACAGCCUCUCCUGCAGGACGACGUCCAAUUCCAUCAGGCGCUUGACGCCAGCGACGGCAGCGGCCUGCCUACCACGGAGGAGCUUCAAGCUGUCUUCAUGAAGUCUGGGAUAUUUACCGCACCGCAGCCCAGCCCUUCCGUGGACGAUAUCGUGUAG